GCGAGGCCAGAGAUCGAACCCACGUUCUCAUGGAUACUAGUUAGGUUCUUAACCCGCUGAGCCACAACAGGAAUUCCCGAAACUUCUGCUUUGUCUCUAUUGCUUGUUCCUCUGUCCCUUUGGUCUGGGAACUGGCGCUGCCAGCCUCUCCCCAUCAACCCCAGGGCUGGGCAUUCACAGCUCACUACCUACCCUCUAGGCUUCAGUCACAUGGCAGAGACCAGGUAUUUAGCUGGACCUGAGAAACACUGCCCUCACCUCUGGUCCAUGAUGCCGCAGCUGCAGCUUCUGGUCCUCCUCUUCCUUCUCUCUUUUUUCUUCCUUCUCACUGGGGGCUCAUUUUUCCAGGGAGAUAUGAAAAGUUUGAUAAGGAACCUAGAGCACACUGUCUGCUACCAUCCUAAGAUGCUGUUGGAGAAGCUGGGAGGGUACAGAGGUUCGUGUGGGUGCGCCGUGUUCCCAGCCUGGCGGGAGGGGGCGCUAGUGAGGGCACCCUGGGGGAGGGGAAGGCAACAGGCCGCAGUGGAACCAGCCAGGCCGGGCCGGGCCGGCUCCCCGCAGAACACUGGGGAGAUUUGCAUGCGAAGCAGGACGUGCAAGAGAGGCCGCUGCAGGUCGGUGGAGAGCUGCGAGUCCCACUGCACCCUAAAGGAGUCGGAGGGCAGAGCGUGCCACACGCAUCCUCCCUUGCAGCUGAAGGUGGUCAGGUGA